CCAGAACAAUUCACAAUUCUCAUUAACCAAACACCUAUAUUCCAAAGCAGCCAAGAGAAAUUAACCAUGAAUCGCCCAUCAUCAUUAGCCGCCAUUAAAUUCCAACGCCAAUUACUUUCCCAGUACCACAGCCGAACCCAACUGACCAAACGAGUGACUAAGCCCUGUGAUGUCUUCAUUAACCACAGAGGGAUUGACACAAAGCGAACAAUAGCCACUUUGAUGUACGAUUAUCUUCACCGUUUCAACCUGCGUCCUUUUCUAGACAACAAGACAAUGAAGCCGGGAGACAAACUGUUUGAAAAGAUUGACGGUGCAAUACAAGGCUGUAAGGUUGGUGUUGCUGUUUUUUCGCCAAACUAUUGCAAGUCAUACUUCUGUCUUCACGAGCUCGCUCUUUUCAUGGAGUCCAAGAAGAAGGUCAUCCCUAUUUUCUGCGACAUUAAGCCAUCCCAGCUUCGUGUUCCAAACGACGGAGUAUGCACGGAGAAGGAGCUUCGGCGGUUUCGCUGGGCUAUCGAAGAGGCUAAGCACACCGUUGGGCUUACGUUCGACUCCUCCAAGGGGAACUUCUCAGAUGUUGUGACAAGUGCUUCAGAAAUUGUGAUCAACAGCUUGAUAGAGCUUGAGGCUGAAGAGCAUAUGAAGCUUGGAAAAUCUCCGCUCUACUAAUAAAACAACAUUUAUGCCACUUGGAUAACGAAGGAGAUCGAGUC